AUGUCAAAGUCUUUGGUACGCAGCAUCAAAAACGUCACGAACGGGUAUUCGUCGGCGCAGAAGACGGUCAGAAAUGCAACCUCGAACGAUCCAACCGGCCCUACAACCUUCGAUAUGGAAGAAGUCACCGCUUGCUGUGAUCGGUCCCAGACGGAGUUCUUGGAAGUAAUGGACAUGUUGGAUCGGAGAUUGAACGAUAAGGGUAAGAACUGGCGCCAUGUUGCCAAAUCGUUGACGGUUUUGGACUAUUUGGUUCGUUUUGGCCCGGAAAAAUGUGUCAUGUGGGCGCGGGACAACCUCUAUAUCAUCAAAACGUUGCGAGAAUUUGUACAUUUUGAUGAAAUGAACAACGACCAAGGUGCGAUAAUCCGAGUCAAGGCUAAGGAGCUUGUGCUGCUUUUGCGGGAUGACGAACGUCUUCGCCACGAACGUAGUUUGGCUGCCAAAUCCAAUCGUCGUGGGUUCCGUGGAGACGGAGAUUCUGACGACGAUUCUUCCCGCCGGGAAAAUCGCAGACGCAGAAACACCACCCGCAACAAUAACGACCCUUAUGACGACGACUUGCAACGUGCGCUCGAAAUGCUGAGAAUGACGGCGGAACAGGAACUGAACAGACACCCAGAGUCCGAAAACGACCCGGACCUCGAGGCGGCGCUCAAGUUGUCGCUCGAAGAAGAGGAAAUGCGCAAGCAGCAGAGACUGAAUGCAAACUUGUUGGACUUGGAUGGUCCUCUGCAGGUACAACAGCCCCAGUAUUACAUGGCUACAGGUUACCAGCCCCGGUUCCAACAGCCGCAAUACCAACAAUUGGAUAUGUUUGGGAACCCCAUUCAAAAUCAGAUGUAUACCGGUUUCCAGCCCCAGCAGCAGCCUCUGUAUAUGUUUGCACAACCGCAGGCUCCACAACAAACUCAGCCGCAAUUUACAGGAUUCAAUUACGGUCAGCCUGAAGAGUUGCAGCCUUUAAAGACCGGCUCUAACAACCCAUUUGCAUUGGGACAACAACCUCAACAACAAAAUACUCAGCAACAAUCGUUAGACUUCUUAAAGCAGCAACAGGAGCAGCAAGCUCAAGCUCAAGCUCAAGCUCAGGCUCAGGCACAAGCGCAAGCUCAGGCUCAGGCUCAGGCACAAGCGCAAGCUCAGUCUCAGUCUCGUCCACAACAAGCCCAGCAAGCCCAGCAGACUUCUCUGCGCUACGACAGUACUCACGAGCUCAACAACCUUCUUGCUCAGGGUACCGGUGUAGAUACCUUUGGUAAUACCGGUGCUACUAGAAUCCCUCAUCAACAUACAAAGACGCAAAACUUCAUCAACUCAACGGGCACAGGCUAUGGACAAGACAAUGACUUCAGGGUCAGCUCAAAUGCUACAGGAAACCCAUUCUUGAAUACUGGUAUCCUGCAAAUAAACCCAUCCCAUACCGGCUAUGGGUUUGGAAAUGCACCAAAGAGUAACGGUGAUGGUCCAAGCUUGAUAGACAUUUAG